GCUCCGCGGGUUAGUAGCGGCUCGGUGUUCGUCCUCGGUUCCCGCCAGUUCCGCCCGUGCGUGUGUGUGCGUGCGCCUUCCCGUUCGCGCCAAAACUUGGCUCGCGGCUCCGCCGAGAUUUCGCCGGUUCCAAGGUCCGUUGUCCCCUGAUUUAAAAAUAAGAAAUUUCCCACCACCGGUGUCACUUUGGAACCCGUCGGAAUUUCCGAAAGUUAGUAACGAGCACAAAACCGGACGUUUCUGAACAGUGAAGAGUGUUUGUGCGCGCGUCGCGAGUGAAUUGGGCGAAGAUUCGCGGCGUUCGGCGCGGACAAUUUUCACCUUUCGCGGCAUCGCAGCGACGGCGGGCAGAAAAUCAGGGGAAAGAACCAGAAAAGUGUGGGUGCGACCAGGUCCAGAGGCAGCGGAGAUGAGUGUGCGCUACGAAUGACGUCAUCAUGAAGGGUGCGAGUGAGUGACUGUGUAAUGCGGUCAUAUUUUCACGAGAUCUAAUAUUGAAGAGGCUCGUGCGAACAUUUGCGCUGUUGUUUGACACAGCUCAUUAGUGAGAGUGAUGGGGGUGUGCUGUGAGGGGGGCAUGAAGAAGGGGUAGGAUGGAGGGGUGCCGUGGUAAGGAGCCGGUCCACAAGUGGCACAGCGACCCGGGGUCGAGCGGGGGCCCGGCUCCUGGGCCCGGGGGCGCCUCUCCUGGAGUGGGCGCCUCCCCCGGAGUGGGCGCCACCAAGAAGGCGCCGGCCGCCCGCCGGCCCCGCUCCCACUCGGGCAGCUCCCAUUCGCACGCCCAUGCCCCCGUAUCCUCCCGCAAGUGCGUCCUCACCCUCGAUGGAUACUCCUACGUCAUAGUGGCGAGUCCGCCGGAGAGUUGUAUCGAGUCCGGCUCCCCCGGCACCCCCGGCGCCGCCUCACUACCCGGAGGCCCCUCCUCGAGGCACCCCCAGCGUGGUGAGCCACCCCCUCACUCGCCCCCGCACCCGGUCGUCCCGCCUCCCCGCAACGGACAACUUUCCAAGCAGGGAUCCCUGACGAUCGUGCGACGGAGCAGCACGAAGAAGAGCCUCCAGCGAACGGUCUCGGCCUCGGCCUCGCAUCCCUCCGGCUCCGGCUUUGGCUCGGAGUCGCUGGACCUGGACAACGAGACCCUCGAGAGGGUCGACCUCGCCACCGAGAACUUGCCCGCCGUCGACACCCCCGAUGCCUGCGACAAGGCCGCCCUCAGACUCCGAUGUCUGUUGCGGCAGUUACAGAAAGGUGAAAUUUGCGCGGACGUGCUCCAAAAAAACCUCGCUUACGCUGCUAAAGUUUUAGAAGCUGUUUUCAUCGAUGAAACCAAAGAACGGUUGGAUGAGCCCUCGUCGCUUAAAGACUCUCUGCACGGGAGCGACCAGGAACACGGCGGCGGCGGGGAAGGAGGAAGUGGGGGUCGUGCGAGCUCCAAAAAACUCCACGUGCCCGUCCAGAGGCGCCGCUUGCGGACACCCGUCUGGGCCAGGCGGUUGGCGGACGAGGAUGACGAGCUGUCGGAGGUGCAGCCGGACGCGGUGCCGCCGGAGGUGCGGGAGUGGCUGGCGUCGACGUUCACGCGGCAGCUGGCCACGACGCGGCGCAAGGCCGACGAGAAGCCCAAGUUCCGCUCGGUGGCCCACGCCAUCCGGGCCGGCAUCUUCGUCGACCGCAUCUACAGGAAGGUCGCCAGCGCCCCCCUCAUGCAGUUCCCACUCGAGGUCGUCAAAGUCCUCAAGACAAUAGAUGAUUGGUCGUUCGACAUUUUUGGCCUUAGCGAAUCUGGUAACAAUCAGCCGAUAAAAUACUUAGGAUACGAUCUUUUAAAUCGAUAUGGAAUUUUUCAUAAAUUUAAGGUCCCUCCAGCAGCUUUAGAAAACCUACUCGCCAAAAUUGAAGAGGGCUAUUGUAGAUACAAAAAUCCUUAUCACAAUAAUCUCCAUGCAGCUGACGUUGCUCAAAGUAUACACUAUAUGUUGUGUCAAACUGGACUAAUGAAUUGGCUUUCAGAUUUAGAAAUUUUCGCGACCUUAAUUGCAGCAAUAAUUCACGAUUAUGAGCAUACAGGUACAACCAAUAAUUUCCAUGUAAUGUCAGGAACGGAAAUGGCAUUGUUGUACAAUGACAGGGCAGUCCUGGAAAAUCAUCACGUUAGUGCCUCAUUCAGAGUUUUGAAAGAAGACGAUUGUAAUAUUUUAGUAAAUUUAUCUAGAGAGGAGUUCAGGGAGCUCCGAUCGCUAGUGAUCGAUAUGGUUUUGGCAACGGACAUGAGCUUUCAUUUUCAGCAAUUGAAAAACAUGAGAAAUCUUCUGACCUUAGCAGAACCUAGCAUCGACAAAUCAAAAGCAUUAUCGUUAGUCCUCCACUGUUGUGAUAUCUCGCACCCGGGUAAGAAAUGGCAUCUCCAUAAUAGAUGGACAAUGCUGCUCCUUGAGGAAUUCUUUCAGCAGGGUGAUAAGGAGCGCGAGCUCGGACUGCCUUUCAGUCCUCUUUGUGAUAGAAAUAAUACAUUAGUCGCAGAGUCACAAAUAGGUUUUAUUGAAUUUAUCGUCGAACCGAGCAUGGCGGUAUGUAGUGAUAUGCUAGAAAAUAUUUUAGGACCCAUAUCAGCCUCACCACCAGAGCCUCCUCUUAGAAAUUCAAUGUCAGAAGAUACUCCUGAUGAGUCGAUACGGCAGAAACUGAAGAAUGUUUGCAUGUUUUCGUCCUCAGAAACAAAUUGUGAUGAACCAAAGAAAAAGUUCCAAAUUCAUAAACCGUGGAUUGAAUGCCUUGCUGAAAAUAAGCGUCGGUGGAAAGAUCAGGCAGCAAAAGAUGCAGAACAGAGAGCUGCCGCUGAAGCAUCGAAAGUGGAUGUAAAAGAAUCGAGUAGCGACCCCUUGUUAAGCAAAUCUCCCUCCUCAACUGAAAUGUGAACACCACUCUUAACUAUAAGUACCUAUACCUUAAGUAACAUUAAUCUCAAAUCUCAAUCUAAUACCAGUCUUAAAAGCGUGGGAUACCCAGAGUAUGCUACCCAU